CAGGUAUCUGGACAAUUUCGCGAAUCGCUCCAGCAGCUAAGUGCUGAUGAUAUGGUGGCACGUUUUGUAAAAGCAAAAGCUACUGGGAUGGAAAGACCACAGCCCGCUGUGUUUGAAGAACCUCCGGAUUCAUCUAUCGUAAACGAAGAGGAGUUGCAAAGGCAACAAAGUGGAUCCAUGCCUUCAUCUAGCUGUUCUUCUGGUGUUGUACCGUCAAACCCUCCUCCAGCUGCUCCUACUGCUGAUGGGUUGUUGUCCUUGAACCCACUGGAAGCAUGGAAUGAUGAUAAGGAGGCACAGCUGCUGCCAUCACCUACAGCUUCUCACAGUAGCGAUUCCACAGCGGGUGCUGCCCACACUAUACCUCCGUUUUCGGCGUCUGUUGGAGGUACUGGAACAACAGGUCGUCAGAAGUUGUCGCUCUUCCUUCCGAAAAGAAAGAAGACAAUGUCACAAAGUAGCGGCAACGAGGAUCAUGCGGAAAGUACAGGAGAGCCCGCUAUGUUUGAAGAAGCUCCGAAUUCAUCUAUCGUAAACGAAGAGGAGUUGCAGAGGCAACAAAGUGGAUCCAUGCUAUCAUUCAGCUGUUCUUCUGGUGUUGUACCGUCAAACCCUCCUCCAGCUGCUCCUACUGCUGAUGCAUGUUUUUUCGUCGCUAAUUCUCUCACCGAUGGCAUCCGAUGCGGCAAGCCUCAUUCAAUGCUUUUUGCGAAGUCAAAGAAAAGACAGCGGAUUUCUACGACUGCUGGAGAUGACAGACAUCACUGCUAUCCACAUUUUACAUGUGGAUUUGACACGGAAAACAUUCAGCGGGUGUUCAACGAUUGUCGCGAUAUCAUUCAGCGCAUUCAUCUUCGGCUACGAGCUUUUGUAGUUGUUUGCUCGCUACUGCGUGUCGUUCUCUCUCACGCAGAAAUGACAACUUCUUCUAUAGCAGCUCGAAGAGAAGCUGCUACACAACGUCGACUGUUGAAAUUGUUGAAGCUCAUCGUGAAGGAUUGGAUGGAUAUCGGAGCAACCUCUAGUGACGUGAUUAUAAUAGAAAUCAUCAAGAGAAAGGAAAUCCUCUUCGAUCUAAGUGGAAUCCGGAAUCCCGAGGCAAUUGAUCAGAUAAAGAGAGUAUGGCGCAACAGGAAAGCGCAUGUCCGUGAGGUAAUAUCAAAGAAGCAAAGAUACGGAAACUGCACAGGGGGGGCAGUGCUGAUUACGCAAUUUUAA